CGAAAUCUGGUGGCCAUUUUAAUGCGCCGCGCGCAAAUUAUGGCCGGCAAGAUGGCGCAGUCUGUGUGAAUAAUGAUAAUAACAGGUUUGCGUGUUGAUCGCAGGUUUGAGCAACACGGAUGAUGGUCACAAUUCUUUUGAGUUUUAGAACACAGUCCACGGUGUAAGGCGAGCCGCAGACCGAGCGCAGGAUGUCCGCCGAGGUGCUCAGACCCGAACCCGUGGCAGGGGGCAGCAGGAGAGGCGGCGGGGGUAAACUGGGCCUCCUGAUCAAUAAGCUGCACACAUUUCUGGCGGUUUCCACUGAGCAGGGUGGUGAACACAGCUUACCCGGGCACUGGAGCGGUGCGAUGGCCAAAGAGUUUAUUGAGCAGCAGCAAGCUGUAGCACGAGCCGCCGAAGAGUGCAUGCAGCCCAGCAUCUCCUCAGAGGCGAAGUCUUCCUCAGCUCGUUCCAGAAGGAAGCCGUUGGUGGUGACGAAACACAGUGGUCUGAACGAAUCUGACGCAUCCUCCGAGAGCGGAACCGAAGAUGUCUUGUCCGUCAACUCGAGUGAGCCGGACACGACUUGCCUGCCAAAAGGUACGGUGUUUGUGUUACCAGAACCGGUGUCUAAUGAAGUCCGGGACGAGUUCAGAGGUCCAGAAUUUCGCAGCAAACGAGUGAAACAAAACCGAGACUUCUCGGACAAACGGAGAGGAGGCUCUGACAUCGAGCGAGUGAACUGUACGGCCUGCGGUCAGCAGGUGAACCAUUUCCAAAGAGACUCUGUCUACCAGCACCCUGCACUCAAAGUGCUCAUCUGCAAGUCCUGUUUUAAGUACUACAUGAGUGAUGACAUCAGCAAAGAUGCAGAGGGGAUGGAUGAGCAGUGCAGGUGGUGUGCGGAAGGAGGCAGUCUGAUUGGCUGCGACUACUGCAGCAAUGCUUUCUGCAAGAAAUGCGUUCUGCGGAACCUUGGGCGGCGGGAGCUGUCGGCCAUCUUGGAGGAGGAGCGCAAGUGGUACUGUUACGUGUGCAGCCCGGAGCCUCUGAUGGACUUGGUGUUGGCCUGCGACUCGGUGCUCCAGAACUUGGAGAAGAUCUGGGCUCGCAAACGGGCUGGAGUAGGGGGCGGGGCCCGUGGAAAGCAGAGGGCCGGGCGUGGUGGAGCAGGCACACUCAGCGCCGCGCCUUCGAGGGGUCUGUGUGAUCGCAUGCAGCGUGUGGUGGACAUGACUACAUCACUCAACCGCUCGUUCGUGGAGUUCAUGCAGAGCGAGAGGGACGAGGAAGCGAGUGAGGAGGAGGAUGUGGACCGAGCCAGGAGACUCACGAUGUUCCGCACCAUCCUGCAGGACCUUCGCCAGGCACACACCGCCCUGCAGGAAGCUCUGGAUCGGGAGUUGUAUGGGGGCAAACGGGAAUCUCGGAGGCAGCGUGCAAAACCUCGGCAGCGGAAACCCCGGGCUCCGAGAGGUUCGGGCGUCACUAAGGAGCUGGUGGUGAAGCUGACACCUGUCCCAAUGGAGUCUUCUGUUAAUCCUGACUCUAAUGCUGAUGCUAGCUCUGCCCACGCCGGUGCUGCUGAUAUGGUGGAGAUAAACGAACAAAGGAAGGAGGAGGAAAAAAAGGAAAACGUGGAGAAGAUGGAAGGAAGGGCUGUUGGAAAGGAAGGAAAAGAGGAGGCGAAGGUGGAAGAGAAGUGUGAGGCGACGGGUGCUGCGGCGAUGGAGGAGGAAAACACAGACGACGAAGAUGAAGAAGAUGAAGGUGACGAGCUGGAGAUGGCGGAGGAGAAUAAGCGGUCUCCUCGUGUCAAGACGACGCCACGGCGAAGGCGCUCGGAUACCACGCACGCCAACCUGGACGAAGACUCUGACUCGGACGAAGUGCCCGCUGUGCUGCUGCAGACCGCCACCGCUGCCAUGGCCACCAGUGAAGAGGAGGGUGGGGUCGACAGCGAUGGGGGCAGGGCUGACACAAACCAGGAAGUCAGGAAGCAGUGCCUCUUCGGCCUGGUCAAAACCACGCCCCCUUGCCAAGAUCGAACGUCACGCAAACGGAAACUCAAAGAGAGAUCCUCGUCUUCGUCUUCCUCUUCCUCCUCUUCAGUCGCAGAAGUCACAGAUUCUGGGUCAAAGGUCAGGAGGAGCGUAGGUCUUCCCCACAAGGUUGCCAAGACGACGGUAGAUAGUGAGAGUUCGUCGAGUGACCAGGAAAUGGACAGCAGCGACUCGGACGAGUUGGACCAGAAGAUUAAGCCGCUGAGUGACGUCACACUGAUGGGAUCCGGAACGUUCCAGCAGUCCUCUGGUGAUGAGGUGGACAUGUGCCCCGCCCCGGUCGUGUUGGAUGAGGAUGAUGUGGAGAAUAGGUAUGGUUUGGAUUCCAAGUGCGCAGGCCAAAGUCCUCCGUCUCAGUCUGAACCUCCGAACCCCAUCAAACCCCCCGACACACACUCCGCUGCCGCCGCCGCCAUCCAAACACGCCUCAAAAGCUCACACACUUCAGGACCUCCCCUCACCCCCACCCGCACACGACACACCCGGGCAGCGGCCAGCACGGGCCUCGUGCUCCGCCGACUCAACAUAAUUGCAAAACAGAUCCUGUUGGCCGAGAUCAGAGCUAACUUUUCAUCCAGCUCUGAUCAGGACAGCAGCUCGGACGCUACGGGAGUCGAGGAUGAGACGGAGAGCAAGAAGGAGAAGGGUGAUGAAGACAGCGAGCCAACCGAUGACAGCUCUGACUCGGACGAGCCGACUAAACCCCGACCGUCCCGUCACCGCCUGCUGCACUGUCCCCUGACCCCCUGGAAGCCCGAGUCUGAAGAUGGCGCCAAGAAACCGGCUAAACGGAGGAGAAAAAAGAGGGGAAAGAUCCUGAUCAACAAACUGAUAGUCGUUAGCAGCGAUGAUGAGCACCGAGAAUCAGCCAGUGAGGAGUCGGCAAUGAGUGAGGAGGCCAGCCAAUCGGAAGACGAGGACGGCAGCGUCCAGAAGCAGAAGGAGUCAGUUGAUGAAGGAGAUCCUCAAACACCCCAUGGAGAGGCUUCAUCACACCACACUGUCGUCGAUCAGGACGGCGCUGACGGUCAAGCCGACACAGACAACGAAACCUCAGAGGAGUGUGCGAGCACGCAGAGGGGCCGCAAGAAGAUCCGGAGGAUUCUGGAGGUGCAGCAGCUGGCCAAGGAGACGCAGGAGGCGCUGAGGGAGGAGGAGGAGAGGAGGAAGAGGCUGGCUGAGAGAGACAGACAGCGACGACAGGAGGAGGAGAGCAGUGAACAGGGACGAGACGACUCGGAGGUGAUGAUAGUAGCUGAGACCCCUGCCUCCAGACCCGACCCUCUGGUGCUGGAACUUAAUGAUGCAACACGGGAAUGUCUGGUGCAGGUGGAUACACACCUCCUGAGUAAACUCAAACCUCACCAGCGAGAAGGUGUGCAGUUCAUGUGGGACAACUGUUGUGAGUCCGUAGCGAAGGUCAAAUCGUCUCCUGGUUCUGGCUGCCUUCUCGCCCACUACAUGGGCCUCGGAAAGACGCUGCAGGUCAUCACGUUUCUGCACACAGUGUUGAUGUGCGAGCUGGUGGAGCUGAGGACAGCCUUGGUGGUGUGUCCUCUAAACACCGUGCUCAACUGGAAGGCCGAGUUCGACAAAUGGCAGCGCGGCAUCACCCAAAACAAAAUGGAGGUGGCGGAGUUAGCGACAGUGAAGACGGCGAGUUCUCGUGUGAACAUUCUGACCAGUUGGCACAGGAAAGGUGGUGUGAUGAUCAUGAGUUAUGAAUUGUACCGCCUUCUCACACAUGGAGAUAAAGUCAAAUACGCCAAACAGAGGGAGAACCUACUCACAGCGCUGCAGGACCCGGGGCCCGACAUAGUGGUGUGUGACGAAGGCCAUGUCCUGAAAAACGAGACGACUGCCAUCUGUAAAGCUAUGCGCUCCAUUCGCACGCACCGCCGAAUCAUCCUGACCGGAACGCCACUUCAGAACAACCUCUCGGAGUAUCACUGUAUGGUCAGUUUCGUGAAGCAGAACCUCUUGGGUUCCCUGGGUGAGUUUCAGAACCGGUUCAUGAACCCCAUCCAGAACGGCCAGUGUGCCGACUCCACACCCACUGACGUGAGACUCAUGAAGAAACGAGUGCAUGUCCUCCACGAACUCCUCGCUGGAUGUGUUCAGAGGCGGGAUUAUUCUGCCCUGACGCCUUUUCUGCCGCCCAAGCGAGAGUAUGUGCUGUUAAUCAGGAUGACCACACUGCAGUGCAAACUCUACAGACACUACCUACAGAACUACACUGCUGAAGGAGUGGGUGUGAACAGUUUAUUUCAGGAUUUUCAGACCCUGAGUCUGAUCUGGACGCAUCCAUGGUGCCUGCAGCUCUCUGAACAAAAUAGAGGAAACAAGGGCAAAGGGGAGGAGUCUACGUCUGAAACCACCGUGACUGGUGAACGUUCUGAAAAGACAAAAAGGCAGAUCCCCAGUGAACGUGUCAUAGAGGAGAGCAGAGAUCCCAACACCACCAAAACCACACCAGAAGAUGAACGCAGUGUGUUCAAUGGACCCCCAGCAGGUUGGUACAGAGAGUUUGUGUCUGGUGUUGAUGCUGAGCUCCUGGAGCAUUCUGGGAAAUUAACACUGCUGUUGAAGAUCCUGCACCACGCUGAAGAACUGCAGGAUAAAGUCUUGGUGUUUAGUCAGUCUCUCAUUUCACUGGACAUGAUUGAAACUUUCUUGGAGUUGGCUGAUAAGGCAAAGAAGGAAGGAAAGGCCAGUCUGUAUAAAGGAAAGAAGUCAUGGGUGCGGGAUAAAGACUAUUAUCGUCUGGAUGGAUCCACCUCUGCAACAGCACGCAAAAAAUGGGCUCAGGAGUUCAACAGAAUCAGGAACAAACGGUGCAGGUUGUUUCUGAUCUCGACCCGAGCCGGAUCUUUAGGGAUUAAUCUUGUUGGGGCUAAUCGGGUCGUGGUGUUCGACGCCUCGUGGAAUCCGAUGUACGACGUUCAGAGCAUGUUUAGGGUCUUUCGUUUCGGUCAGAAGAAAUCUGUGUACAUCUACCGCUUCUUAGCACAGGGAACGAUGGAGCAGAAGAUAUACGAGCGUCAGGUGGCCAAGCUGUCUCUGUCAUCCCGUGUGGUGGACCAGCAGCAGAUCCAGCGCCACUUCACACACAGCCAGCUGAGUGACCUGUACCGCUUUCAACCUGACAGCCACAGCAAGAGCCACCCCGUGGAGCCUGCAGACAAGGUGCUGGCGAAGCUCCUCCAGCACUGCGGGCAGACCAUAGUGUCGUUCCAUGAACACGAUUCGCUGCUGGACCACAGGGUGGAGGAGGAGCUGAGCGUGGAGGAGAGGAAGGAGGCCUGGGAGGAGUUCAAGCUUGAGAAGACCACAAAAACACACACACAGGCACAACCACAGGCCCCUGUCCCGGAUUCAGACGAGCUGUGGAGGAAAAGUGACCAUGAGCUGAAGAUGAUGUUAUAUGAAGGUCGUAUGGAACUGCAGAAAGCUUCACAGUACAUCAAACCCCAAAGCCUGGAAGUCUUCCAGCAGGAAGUGAGGAAACAGCACCCUCUGUUGGAUGAAGAGGUGACGAAGCAGAAGACUGCUCAGGUUUUUGAGAACUUUGAACGAGAGAGACAACGUAGGCUCAAGAUUUACCAGAGCAAACUGUACAGUCAGAAGAAGCUCAUUCUGAAGACGCAGCAGAUCCUGGCUAAAAGGGCGGAGCUCGGCAUCACGGCUCUCCCCUCCACCUCCACGUCCACGCCCACACCGGUCCGUCCCAAACCAAAAGCAGUUAAACCUCCCAGGGCUCCGCCCCCUCCUCCGGUCCAGCCUUAUUCCGACACCUUCUUCCAGCCUCUGACGACAUCAACUCCUCAGGAGAAGAACGUCACAGAGGACAUCAUAGUGUUGUAGAUCUCAGAAACCUUUAACAACAACAGCAUGGGUGUGGAGGUGAUGGUGUAACCAUGGUGACGGGAGGUUAAAGUCCGCUGGUAGCACGCGUGCUAACUCUGGCAGCACUGUCAGUUCUUACUCAUGUGCCUGUUAUCACGUUAGGAUCGUUUUUGUUCUGCUGCUAAAAAUCAGACCUGAUCCUGGGGGAUAAGUUUGAAAUAUUUUUUUUUUUAUAAUUUUCUUAAAUUAUGAUGCCAAAUAAUUAAACCACGACCUCCGACCUGGUCGGUUAGUGAAGUUAUGCACUGCAGUGUAGCUAAACUAUUAGCGCCGAAGCUACACAGAAUCUAAACGACUACACUUGCUGGAAAUUCAUUUUGUCCAAACGUAGAGCAGAAGAAUAAUAUAAAAGUUUAUGGCAUUUUUUUAUGCGUAUGACAAGUUAAGGAACAAAAAAAAAUGUUGUGUGAGUUUACGUGUAAAAAUAUCGCUAAAAGGCGGAAUUUGUAAUAAAACACUAAUAAAAUAUGAAAGAGUUUGGUGAUCUGG